UUGGAAGAAAGGUGUUGCCUUGCCGCAUUCAUUCAUAAAGCAAUGAAGAAAAGGAAGGAACGAUCAUCGUCUGCAGUUCAGGUGUCUUAUGAUGAUCUGAAUUUAGUCGAUAGAAUUAGCGAUUUAUCAGAUGAGUUAUUGCGGCACAUACUUUGUUUUCUCCCAACAAAUAUUGCUUUCACUACAUCCGUUCUUUCGAAAAGGUGGACCAAACUAUGCUAUUUACUCCCUGUUCUCCGAUUUGAGGACAUCAACGACCACCAUCGCUUUUGUCGCAUUGUCAACAGUGUCAUGCUUUCUCGUGUAACCAAUCAACCCCUCAAAAUCUUUAGCCUCAACUGUCGCUUUAUGGAACGCAAGCAAAAUAGUUCAUUUAAUUUGAAAAAAUGGCUAGAAGCCACAAAACGACAUUGUAUUGAGGAAUUUCAUCUCAAUCUACAUUUCCAUCACACCUUGAAGCCCGUUGUUUUCAUAUCCCAAACCUUUGUUGUUCUCAAACUUCAACGGUUAGAUAUUGAAAAGGAUACUUCGUGUGUUGAUCUUCCGUCACUCAAAACCCUGAAUUUGGAAUAUGUUUCUUUUGAAAAUUGGAAUGAUUAUAUAAAUUUUCUUUAUGGUUGUCCUAUCCUAGAAGAUUUACAAGUUGAGGAUAUCAGCAUACGUACGUUAACUAAACAUUAUGAAAACAAUGUACCAGACGUAGGGUUUAAAUCCUUGACAUUGGCUAAAUUGGUCCGAGCAAGUAUCGAUUCAAAGGAUGCUCAUUUUAAUGGUAUUGAUAAUGUCGAAUUUCUACGGAUAAUCAAAGGAUAUGGGUCUAAAGAGGAGUGUUUCGAAUUUAUUCCAGUGUUUUCAAACUUAGUUCAUAUUGAACUAGUGUUUUGGUAUCACUCAAUUCAUUCUUGGGAUGGUGUUGUAGAACUGCUCCGCCAUUCUCCAAGGCUCCAAAUUCUUUUUAUUAAAAAGUGGAGGAAGACCCGCUCGUCCAAGGAAUGGAAAUGCCCAAUUUCAAAUCUUGAAUGUGUUUCGUCUCAUCUUAGAUCAUGUACUAUUUUAAACUUUGAUAACUCGGCAAAUGAUCUUCGAUUUGCAAAAUACAUUUUGCAGAAUGCCCGUAUUUUACAAGACAUGAAAAUCGGCUUUGUUAUUAAGUCCUUAAAUGAAAUACUUUUGGAAAAAGGUCAGAUUAAAGAAGAAUUAUCCUCCUUUUCAAGGAUAUCUCGAGGAUGUAAACUUUCAUUUGAAUUUAAGUUUAUUUACUAG